CGCUCACCAACAACACCUUCUUCGCGAGCACAUCUCUACCACACUGCUCACCUCGAGCUCUCUCGCAUCCAAGCGCCAUCCCAGGACCCGUUCUUUUGUUAUUGUUGUUGUUGUCGUCGCGAUUCAGCAGGAACCACCGCCAAGAUGCUUCUCUUCACCGACAUUAUCACCGACGAUGAGAUGCUCACCGACUCCUACGACAUGAAGGAGAUCAACGACAUCGUCUACGAGGUCGACGGAAAGCAGAUCGUCAUCCAAGAGGGUGACGUUGACAUUGGAGGCAACCCAUCUGCUGAGGAGCAGGCCGAGGCCCUCGAGAGCGGCGCCGAGCAGGUUAUCGACGUCGUCCACUCGGCAAAGCUGCAGCAGACCUCAUUCGACAAGAAGGGGUACCUUACCUACCUCAAGGGCUACAUGAAGUCCAUCAAGAACAAACUCCAGGAGUCCAACCCGGACCGCGUCCCGGCGUUCGAGAAGGGUGCCGCCGAGUUUGCAAAGAAGAUCGUCGCCAACUUUAAGGACUACGAGUUCUACACUGGAGAAAGCAUGAACCCGGAUGGCAUGGUCGUCCUCCUCAACUACCGCGAGGACGGCGUCACUCCAUACUUCAUCUUCUGGAAAGACGGCCUGAAGUCGCAGAAGAUCUAAUCCGGGGGCGCUACGCAUCUCGAGGCCGGCCGAGCGGCGCCAGAGCAAAAGCACUGGGUCAUCCUCUCUCCUUGUCGUGCCGCCCUGUCGCUCUACUCUAUGUGGUUCACUGCGAUGUGUCACCGAAAAGCAAUUGCAUCAUGCUUUGGUCUGGGGCUCCUGAUACAAUACAUGUCCGUCCGGCGACGUGGCGCAGUGGCGCAUGAUGCUCAUCGGGUGGGGGCGCACACAUCAGCUGAAGAACGAGCGUGCAUGCCAUAUCGAAGGAAGCAGCCGCACGUUGCAGGAUCACCUCGGGGCUGAAAGCGUGCAUGGCGGCAUCUCCCGACGCAAGUAGAAUUGCUCAUUUUGCCCAGAGGACCCUCUUAGAGGCGGUGUGCACGCGGGUCUUGAGUAUUCGAAUCCUCUUCCGAGUAUGCACCUCGGCAAGCUUGAAUUCGUUUCGGGCGACAGACAGCGUUGACGGUGAGAAU